AUGCGUUUGGGUUUGGAAAUUGCCGACAAAGUACACCAGACUAUACCCGCCGAUACUGUACUGGCCGUCCAUAUAUCGUUUACCGAUUAUGUUGUCGGCGACAAUGGCUGGGAAUUAAAACAAUCGGUUGAAUUUGCUAAACAACUCAAAGCACUGGGAGUUUAUUUGAUUGAUGUCAGCUCUGGUGGAGUGGUGUCGGGUAUUGGCUAUGAAUUUCUCGAUACAUCCAAACAACAACAUUCAGCAGCGGCUGUCAUACAACUAGAGGCCGGUAUCCGGACGGCAGCUGUCGGUAAAAUACGUGAUCCAUUGAUGGCCGAAAAACUACUUCAGGAUAACUGUUCAACAUUUGUAUUCAUCGGUAGGGCUUUCCUCAAUGACCCGCACUGGCCGUACAGAGCCAGCGAUCAACUCAAUGACAGGUCAUUCAAUUAUCCCAAACCGUAUGACUGGUGUAUCGGUUGGACAGCGUAUAUGAAAUGGCGUAAAGAUUUAGAUAACAAAUAA